AUAUAAUUAUGUUUGGAUUUUCCUAACUUCAUUUCCACUCUCAAGCUCUGCAAAUUUACAAUCUUUCGAUCUACUAAUUUCCCUGUGUUACGUUUUUGAAAGAUGGCUGAACAAAUUCCAUACGGUGUUGCUCAAAGCCUCAUUAACGGGUUGGCUUCUGUUGCCUUACGUGAAUUUGGACGGAUUAAUAAUGUGAAAGAUGAAUUAGAAAGCCUUACGAAGACAGUUGAAUCCAUCAGAGCUGUGCUCCUUGAUGCUGAGAACAAACAAGAGAAAAGUCUUUGUGUACAAAACUGGGUUACAAGGCUCAAAGAUGUGCUUGUUGCUGCAGAUGAUUUGAUAGAUGAAUUUCUUAUUGAAGAUAUGAUACGCAAAAGGGAUGAAGCUCAUAAGAACAAAGUAACAAAGGUACUUCAUUCUUUCUCUUUAAGCAAAGCUGUUUUUUGUCGUAAAAUGGCUCUAGAGAUUGAAAAAAUACAAAAAGGUUUUAAUGAUGUGGUGAAAGAUAUGUCUGGGUUGAAUCUUAACUCAAAUGUUGUAGUGGUUGAGAAAACUAACGAUGUAAGGAGGGAAACUAGUUCUUUUGUGUUAGAAUCAAAUAUCAUUGGAAGAGAAUAUGAUAAAAAGAAAAUUAUAAGUUUGUUGAUGCAAUCACAUGAAAAUCAGAAUGUCUCCUUGGUUGCUAUUGUUGGUAUUGGUGGUUUAGGGAAGACGGCUCUUGCUCAAUUGGUAUACAACGAUAGAGAAGUGCAAGAUUUGUUUGAGAAGAGUAUGUGGGUAUGUGUCUCUGAUAACUUUGACGUCAAAACUAUUCUGAAGAACAUGUUGGAGUCAUUAACCAAGAACAAAAUUGAUGACACAUUAUCAUUGGACAACUUGCAAAAUAUGCUUCGUGAAAAUUUAACUGGUAAGAGAUACUUGUUACUUCUGGAUGACGUUUGGAAUAAGAGUUUUGAAAAGUGGGAUCAGUUAAUGACUUAUUUGAUGUGUGGUGCUCAAGGCAGUAAGGUUGUAGUGACAACUCGUGAGAAAACCGUGGCACACACAAUGCGUGUAGAUGACCCUUAUACUUUAAAAGGUUUGACUUCAGAAGAAUCUUGGGGUUUGUUGAAGAAGAUUGUCUUUGGGGAUGAUUCCGUUGGAGUAGUAAACCAGGAUCUUGAAUCAAUAGGUAAGAAGAUAGCGAAAAAGUGCAAAGGAGUACCAUUGGCAAUUAGAUCAUUGGGAGGCAUAUUACGAAGUAAAAGUAAAGAAAUUGAAUGGAACAAUGUCUUGCAAGGUGACUUAUGGAGAUUAUGCGAAGAUGAAAAUAGCAUCAUGCCGGUCCUAAAAUUGAGUUACCAUAACUUGUCACCUCAACAAAGGGAAUGUUUUGCUUAUUGCUCUUUAUUUCCUAAGGAUUGGGAAUUUGAGAAGGAUGAGUUAAUUCAAAUGUGGAUGGCACAAGGUUAUCUUGGUUGUUCAGUUGAGGGGAAAUGCAUGGAAGAUGUUGGUAAUCAAUUUGUAAAUAUUUUCUUGACGAAUUCAUUCUUCCAAGAUGCAAAAUUGAAUGACGAUGGUGAUGUAAUUGGUUUUAAAAUGCAUGAUUUAUUGCAUGAUCUUGCAACAGAAGUAGCUGGCAAUGAUUUUUGUUACUUGAAUAGUAAGGAAAAAAGAUGUCUAGGAAGACCUCUGCAUGUAUCAGUGGUAUGUGAUGCUUUUUGUAGGUUGGAAUCGUUGGAUUCAAGUAGAUUGCGGUCUUUGAUUGUGUUUGAUUCCAAAGGCAAUAAACAGGGUGGAGUGGAACUAUCGGUUAUUUCAAAUUUCAAUUACUUACGCGUCUUGUAGUUGGUGGGUCAUCAUAGCAAGCUACCCAAUUCCAUUGAAAAAUUGAAGCAUUUAAGGUAUCUUACCUUAAAGUGUGAUGUAUUAGAAAGUCUUCCCAAAUCUAUCAGCAAUCUUGUUUGUUUGCAGACAAUAAAAUUGUUAUUGUAUGAAAAUGUUUCAAAAGUUGUUUCAAAUUUAAUCAAUUUGAGACACCUUCAGCUAUAUCGUUCGACCUUCAGAGACAAGACACCAUCUAGAUUUAGAAAAUUGAGCAUACAACACAAGGUUCUGAUUUUAUCCAAUUGGCUUUCUCCACUCACAAAUUUAAUUGAAAUAUCUCUUAAUUCUUGUAGUGGUUGCCGAUAUCUCCCACCGUGGGAACGUCUUCCAUACCUUAAGUCACUUCAGUUAAUUUGGCUUGAAGAAUUGGAGUGCAUUUAUUAUGAAGAUCCUAUUCUCCCAGAUUCAUUCUUCCCAUCUUUGGAGAGCUUACAAUUUAGUCGUUGUUACAAGCUGAGGGGAUGGAGGAGGAUGGGAGAUGAUUUGAAUGAUAUUAACUCUUCACAUCAUCUCUUGUUGCCUCAUUUUCCUUGUCUUUCUAUACUGACAAUUAGUGGAUGUUACAUGUUGACUUACAUGCCUACUUUUCCAAACAUUAAGAUAUUAGUAUUAAGGAGGUCCAGUGCGGAGAUAUUGGAAGCAACACUAAAUAUAGCAGAGUCACAAUAUUCGAUUGGCUUCCCUCCUCUUUCCAUGCUCAAAUCCUUGAAAAUUAAUGAAACCAUUAUGGGUAUGGAAAAAGCUCCGAAGGAUUGGUUUAAAAAUCUUACUUCUCUCGAGGAUCUUGACUUUGACAAUCUUUCAAGUCAAGGAUUUCAAGUAAUUGAAAUGUGGUUUAAAAAUGACCCCAAUUGUCUUCGUUCCCUCCAAAAAAUCACAUUUACAUGGUGUUCUGACCUUAAGGAAUUACCAGAUUGGAUAUGCAACAUCUCAUCACUUCAGCAUCUUACGGUGUACCAUUGCAGAUAUUUGGCAUUGCUGCCUAAAGAAAUGCCUCGUCUUACCAACUUAAAAACCUUAGAAAUCAUUGAAUGUCCACUCUUAAUUGAGGAAUGUUUGAGAGAAACAAGUGCAACCGGGCCUAAAAUCGCUCACAUCCCAAACAUAGUCUUACAAAAAUUUUAUUGGCAUGAGAAAGCUAAGCUUGCUCGAUAAAAAGAAAUGGAAGACUGAAGUAGAUGCGUGAAGAUGGCUGCUCUAGAUAUUUAAGUUUUGGUUUUCUGAAUGAUUAUUAGUAAAUUUUCUUAGCUUGUUUUGUUAAUAUUAUUUUGUAUCUGCUCAUGAGAGGCUGAUUGAUCAAAUGUUCUCUUUGUUAAGAGUUCUCUUUCCUUUGUUGUUGUUUUUAUUGUUUGUUCUGUACUUUUUUUUUUUUUUUAAGGUUUUUUAGGAGACAGAUCAUGGGUGUUCGUUUUUUUAUUUUGACCUUUGUUUUGGUCUAGUUCCCAAGUACUUUUGUAUUUUUUAUAUUUUUUUUAAUAAUAUUUAUAGAGUACUACAAAUUAAUUAUAUAUGACAGCCAAAAAAUACCAACAUAGUUAGGCUGUCUU